UCUAUAUACAACACCCCAAUCAGUAAAAUGCGCCACUUUGACGCCUGGCUCCUCCGCGACCCCUACUCCAUCUUCCACUACUACUCCACCGGCCGACGCUGGCAAGAGACCGUCCGCGACCUAAUCCAAGAGCGCAAGAUCUGCUCCCCCCCAUCUCCAGGGGAGAACGACGAUGCUACGAUCGACCCAUACGCCCGCCCCCUCCAUCCCCAAUCCACCUGCGCCUUCCUACAGCGAUUCCCCCUCGAGAUCCGCCUCCUCAUCUACCAAUACGUCUUCGGCCAAGACGUCGUCGUCCAUCUCGUCCAGCUUAAGGGCCAGAUCCGCCACGUGCGCUGCCACGAGACUCGCUCGUCGCUCGCUCGCAAUCGGCGCUGCUGUCCGGUAACACCUGCUCGCUGGCGCAUUCACGAUCAUCCGGCCUCUCCUUCACCAUCGCCGUCAUUAUCAUCCCCACACAGUCGACUCUCGCAAGGCAAACCCCCUCACCCAGGGGCGCAUCGCACAGACGCAGUCCUCUACCCACACUCCCACGCCCAACUCCCCAACAACCUAAGCAAUUCCUCCCCCGCCCUCCUCCGCACCUGUCGCGCCAUCUACGCCGAAGCAGCAGACCUCCUCUACCGCGACCGCGUCUUCGACGUCGAUGACCUCCACACCUUUAUCGCGUUCUCCCGCGCAAUCAGCCCAUCCAGCCGUCGCGCUAUCACCCGUCUGACCGUCCACUGGAUGCCUAUCUUCCCGCCGUUGACGAACCCAGAUAAUCCCGCCUCCGCAGCAGCGUCAGCCUCUAUCUUCACGCACACGCACAACGACCACCUCUGGUCGCUGUUCUGGUCGCGCGUUGCCUCGCUUUCGAAUCUCAAGGAACUUCUCCUGGCUAUUGAUCUUGGCCGGUUUACUGCUGCUAAUUUCACUCCUCCCCUUCCCCCAACAACAGCAACAACAACCACCACCACCACCACCACCACUACUACAAACCCCGCUACCGCGGGGGCCACCCUCCUCAACCCCCGCCUCCGUCUAUCCAUCGACGAACCAUGGGUUACACCCCUCCUCGCUAUCCGCGGUAUCCAACACUUCGAUCUAGCCAUCACCGCGCGGUGUGAUCCCGUCGCGAAGCGUCUGCUUGAGCCGGAUUUGUGUCGUGAGGCGGGGACGCUGCGCGAGCAUUUGCGUGCUGUUUUGUGUGCUGAGCCGGAUCCGAUCCCUCUUUUGCAGACGCUGCCGAAGGCUGUGAGGGAGAUUCUUUCGGCCGCGGCUGAGGCUGAGGCUGAGGCUGCGGCUGCGGCUUCUUCUUGGGAGGGGAGGGAUGGUAGGAGGGUUGAGGGGAAUAUGGGGAGGAGGAGGAGGUUGGCUAUUACUGCUGCUUGAUAUUCUUUUUUCUUUUGAUUUUACUUCACUCAUUUUGAUACAGGGGGGCGGAGUAUAAGAGAAGGAGAAGAAGCAGAGCGGAGUCCCUCGCUAUCAUACUACCUCAUCCCUGAUCUUCCCUAUCUACCUAUCUACCUACCUACCUACCUACUACCUACCUACCUACUACCUACUACCUACCUACCUCCACGAUCAACGACCGAUACCCUUUGUUUGUUUGUUUCUUUCUUAUCUCUUUGGUUCUUUUACCUGAGCACUCAGCAUCUAGCAUUCUGUUUCCGUUUGUCUAGUUUCAGUUGCAUACUGCAUACUAUGCUGCAUCUACACUACACUACACUACAUACGAUACUCAUGCACAUCUCCACCAGUCGCAUAAUCAUAUCUCCUACA